AUGGAGCCACUCAACAGAGAUGGCUUAGAGCUGUCCACGAACAAACAGAGAAACGACCCGUGUUUAUCGUCUAAAGCGGAACGUUUGAAGCCUCCACACUCUUAUAUUGCACUCAUCGCAACUGCGAUUUUAAACUCGCCGGGGAAGAAGUUGACGUUGACAGAAAUAAACGAAUACUUAGUCCACCAUUAUGCUUUCUUUAGAGGUCCUUAUCAAGGUUGGAAGAACUCCGUGCGCCACAACCUGUCAUUUAACAAGUGCUUCGUUAAGAUCCUGCGUGAUCCAGCGCGGCCGUGGGGCAAGGACAAUUACUGGACGGUAAGCUCACUGCAUGAUUACCUGCUGGCGGAUGGGACAUUCAGAAGAAGGCGGAGAAGAAAACCAAAGAAAAAGGAAGACAGAGAAGAUUUCGGACAUGGCCUUACCACUGAGCAGAUCCUACCGAACAACACCGUGAGGGAGUUUAGUAUUCAAGACGUAGCACGCAGAAACAUUUUAAUGCUCCCCUCUUACGAGCCUGUCCGUGUGAACCGGGUACGAUCCACUAAUGUUCCUACAGUCAGCAAGUCUACAACGCCCAAGCCUUUCCAUGGAUCGUUCUCUAUCGAAAGCAUUCUAGCUGAUGGGAAGACGAGCGCAAAAGAGGCUUCACUUAAGUCAAGGAGAGGAAGUCAGAAAUUUCCUCAUAGAAGUGUGAUUAAUCCAAACAUUGGUAAGUUUAAUAGCGAGUUUGAGUUUCCGGUGUGUAAUGUAAAUUCAUAGAGUAACGCUUGGUCUUUGAUUACGUGCAUAUAAACAUAUAAGUUGAGCUGAACUUGAGUAACUUUGACAGAGAGUUUCAGGUCCAGAGCCAAUCGUUCACCAGUUAGAAACGAUGUGCAAUAAGUGACUGAGUAAACAGUCUUCACAUUAGCCUUAAAUAAAUAACGACGCUUUACUGUAAACUUACUGAAAUCACUGAGUAAAUGGCUUCAUUAAUGUCACAUUGCUUUCGAAAUUGCAAGGUAAGGUUACUUGUUUUAAACGGGUCCACUCGAAGCGGGGUUAAUCGAAAGUCUCGUUAUAGAAGUUCGAACCAUAUUAUUGCGAUAUUUCAUUGAAAAACUCAACACGAAUUUAGUUUUAAAAGACACUUGACCUUAUUGAAUAUAUGCUUCUCCGUCGAGUGGUUAGGGUUGCUCGAGUACAUGGACCUAAACUUUCAUUUUGUCACACUUUGCCCUCAAUCUAAAAAACUCUUGAUAGACAGUCCGCUAAAUGUUUAAAUUUUAAACAACGGUUACGAGUUUAACGGGGUGAGCCAUAUCAUUAGCCAACGCGCUAAACGCCUUUGUGUAUUGAGACACUUGCACAAACCCGCAACACACGCCUUACUGAAAGAUAACCGAGAACUCUUGCCAAGAAUGUAUGCCGGGGCGGUUUUGUGAGGGCAGCCGACUUCGCACAAACUUGGCAAUACUUUCAUCAUCAUCGAAAAGUUUUAGUCACUGAAAUUAAUCUCUUUUUGAAUCAAUGAGAGUUAAAGCUGAGAGAAAGCCUGUGUGGACAUUUCCUUUCUUAUUGGUUGUAUCUGACCAAGAAGUAAACGUAGAAGUAUAAACUACGAGCAAUGAACAGUAAACACGAUGACGAAAUACAUCUGCACAAGAAUUUUUCUUUUGCAGUUGAAUAUGCAUAAGAUAAAAAAAACAAAUAUCAUUAGUUUUGUUUUUAUUCAAUUUGUUUUCAUCCUUGAUAUGUUUGUUAGAAAAAUAUGAUAGGAUUUUAACAGGGGUUAUUAGAGUAGGAAAUGGAUAGCCGCGAAGGCUACACUUCAACCAGAUGUGAAUAACUGAUGAAAUUCAACUUUGCUUCAUGUAAUUUUAGUUGCGCAAACAUUAGCUCAUAGCUAACCCCUUAGGUGGACGGUGACGCAUUUGGUAACAGGCUGGGUGAAAAGUUUAUUCUUUACAAUACAUUCUAAACAUUUAAACAUAAAGUAAACUUCAGUUCUCUUGAAUUGUUGACUGAAUGAACACAGCAGGCAGUUGAGUAAUGCAUCCAUUAUGAGACUUAAUUGUGAAGGGCACAUUUGUGCAAUUAAGACAAAUCACCAGUUCUUGUUGUUCUAGGCAGAGCCGCAAUCAAGCCUACUUCGCAAGACAUGAUGAUUGCAAGUUUUCAAUUAUGUUUUGAUUCCCCAGUUUAAGUUUCUUCCCAUGACAAAAAUUUCAGCAUAUGAAGCAUCGCUAGUCGACAAAGAUUUGUUUUAAGGUUAAGAAGCUAAACUGACGAAUAAAAUUUCAUUCAGUAAAAUUUUCCUCGCUUUACGUUCAGUUUGUUUCGUGAACUCUACUUAGUCAUUUUAUUGAUUUGGGUGGGCGUUUUUCGACUCCUGAUUCGCCCUCGAUUCACAAGCUUCCUAAAUUGUUUCAUAUCAUCGGCACUUCAAUUAUUUAUGUAGAUUUGUGAGGAAGGGCCACUUGAUCCUUUAAAAAUUUACUCAAGUUCACUGAAUUCAAGUUGCAUGCCUUUUUACCGUCCUAUUCAAAAACUAAACAGAGCUAUGCCAAUUUGCAGAAAUUCGAAGGUAUUCUCUAACGAUUGUUUCAAGAGAGAGACGGCAGGACACUGGUCUUUAAAUUUGAGCUAUUGUGUGGUAAUGAAUGUGAUACACCAUUUGAGAAAAGGCGACCGAGCCAAACUCGUUACCAAAAAUUUAGUUGAAGAAAACAUCCCCGUCAAACUAUGAUAAAUCACUAACAAAUUAUCAUUCAGUUGAAACACGCAAUGCCGACAAUGAUCCAUUCCGUUCAAAGUUGUCAGCUUAAUCCCACACUGAAGAGGGGCAAUUUUUCUUCUUUAAGUGUUGGAUGAAUCAAGACGAGUAACUGGUGACAAGUUAAACUCCUAAGAUGACGCGAAGCUUAAUGCAAGCGAAAGGGGAUUAUCCAUGAUUGAUAAUAUAAUCCACAUCGUUGUGUAAAUUACUCGACAAAAAUUUAUCAGACUUUCCCUCCUAGUGGCCAAAGGGGGUGAAGAAUGUCUGCGACCAAAACCUUCAUUUGUGACGACCAGAAUUACAUUUCUCUCGGUAAAAGCGAUGACGGUCUGCUAAGAUGAAUACCUCUCACCGUCUUACAACAUCCUCGCAAAAGGGCGAUAACACGAUCUGUCAGUCUCUUUCUGGAGGUGAAGAAAGGGAAACUUGUACUACAGUGAUGAAAUUUAACAAACCUAUGCCUCAAAGUAACAUUUAUUCCAAUUGGUGUCUUUGCGCAGUGUAGUUCAAUCUUGUAACUGGACUUUUGCCUCGAGGUGCUAUUUCAUUAAGUUCUUCAGGCACAACGGAGCUAAACCAAAUAAAUUCUAAUUUGUUAUUUUGUUUUUUCUAGGUUCCCUGGUAGCGCAGAGAAACAUUGGCCACUGCUAUCACCCAGCACCGGAGACCCCCCACCAUUUUCAGAGACAGGAACAUUUAUGCGCACCCAUGGUUCCUAACGCAGCCUUCCCGAGCAGCUGUGAAGUGUGGAACACUUGCCACUGUUUCCAUUCGUGUGCAACCGCUACCACGCAUUUUCACGCUUGUUACGGAUGGAAAAAGGAACAUAUCUAA